UAUUUUAAUUGCCCAACAGUCAAUUAAAUUGAAUAGCAGCGAACUAGCAUUCAAUCUUUUUGAGGAUUGCAUUAAAUACACUCCAAAUGAUCUUGAGAUUUUAGUCACUCUGGCAGAGCUCCAAAUGGAAUCAAAGAAAAUGGACAUGUGUCGUAACACUUGCCAGCAGAUACUUAAAAUUGAUGGCAGCAACGAGUCAGCCUCAGUGUUGAUGGCAGACUUGUCCUUUAGAAAGAUGGAAUUUAAAAAAGCAGCGUACCAUUUUUCCCAGCUGCUAUUAUCUCAGCCUUGCAAUUGGACAGCUUUAGCCCGUCUAAUUGAGGUUAAGAGGCGUUCUGGUACAUUGUCUGAAAGUGUUCCCUUUUUAGAACGUGCUGAACAUGCGUCUUUACCAUCUAAAAAUGCAUCAGGGUUUACCUAUUGCAAAGGUUUAUUCGAAUGGUAUGCUGGAAAUCUGACCUGCGCUUUGCGAUACUUCAAUCUAUCUCGCAAGGAUCAUGUGUGGGGUCAAUUAGCUAAGCUCAAUAUGAUUGAAAUAUGCAUUAAUCCAGAUGGUGAAAUACCCAAUGCAUAUGAUCUUUUUGAAGACGGAGACAUUGGCGAGUUUAGUGAAUCCCGUCUAAUUGCUUUGCGAACAGCCGAACGUUUGCUUAAAGAAAUGUGUCCUGGACCUGGGGAAAUCUUUGAAAGCACCUUGAGCUGUCGAAUUUUUCGGAACUUUUUACAAAUUGCUUCGAAGCAAAAGCAUCAAGUUGAAUUAGCACUAAAGGAUCUAACUGAACUUUUACAAAAAGAACAAAAUUCAUUCAUGGUUACUAUUUUGUAUGCUAUUGCUUUGGCUUUAGUUCAGCUUAAGCAAAUUCAACGGGCAAAAAAUCAUCUUAAGAAAACAGCUCGAUUAAGUUGGAAUUAUGAGGAGGCCGAAUACUUGGAGCGAAGCUGGUUGUUGUUAGCCGAUAUUUAUAUUCAUGGCAAUAAACUGGAUGUUGCCGAGACAUUUGUGGACCGGGUUUUGGAAUUUAAUAAAUCAAGCACAAGGGCUUAUGAACUAGCCGGAUACAUUGCAGAAAAGUUGCAAUCUUAUAGUGAUGCUGCCAAGCAUUACCAAAAAGCCUGGGACAGUUGUGGCCAUUCUAGGCCACACAUUGGAUACAAAUUAGCAUUUAAUAAUAUGAAGAAAAGACAAUUUGCUAACGCUGUUAAUGUUUGUCAACAAGUCUUAAAACUACACCCAGAUUACAAUAUCAUUCGCAAAGAUAUCCUUGAAAAAUGUCGCAGUAACUUAAGAUCUUAAAUACGCAAAGAAUAAUUUAAUAGCUGAUCGAACAAAAAUAAAUAAAAU